ACCCGACGACAACCUGCGAGAUGAGAAUGGAGCUAGCAGGAAAAGAUAAAGAACAGUUUUCAAGAGUAUACAUAAAAUUGAUCAUCAUGUCAGUGACAGCAAAAGCUGGUCCUCUGAAGCAAGAGUUUCAGUUUGGUCAAUGGUGUGUGACUUCCACCAAGGAUCAUAUUCUGGAAUCUGAUGGACCAGAGAGACAGAGAUUUGAAACAGAGCUCAAACUACCACAGCUUCCAGAAAUGAUCUUUGCCAACAACAAGCUACGCCUGGUACACACAGAUGGGUUUGGGAUAGAGUUCAAUGCCCUGGAUGCACUGAGACUUGUAGAUGCUGAACAUGAUCUGAUGAAAGUGGCUGUGGCAGAUGCAUGGAGAGAGGCAAGGGCAGAUUGUGAACACAUUAACCACAUUGCCAAACCUUAUGACUGGACAUAUUCAUCAAAUUAUACAGGGACUCUGUUAGGGGAAGAAGAUUCAAAAUUACAAGUUACUGAAACAACUGAAAGAAUAGACCUUGAAAAGUUAAAAGUUAAAGAAAAGAUAUAUUUUUAUGAAGAUCUAUUAUUAUUUGAAGAUGAACUGUCAGACAAUGGAAGCUCUAUGUUAAGUGUGAAAAUUAGGGUGAUGCCUUCUAGUUUUUUCAUCCUUCAAAGGUUUUACUUGAGGGUGGACAACUUACUCAUAAGAGAGAAUGAUACCAGGAUUUACCAUGAGGGAGGCAAAAACUACAUCCUACGAGAAUUCACUUGCAAAGAGAAACCCUUCACAGAAAUAAAGGCACCACUUCAUAUUAUUAUAGAUCCUGCAGAAGUCAGUAAUUUUUUGGACUUGAAAGAAUAUAGAUUUGAAAAGUUAGAAUUUCCCAAAGUUUCAUGUACACAAGCAGCUGAAGUACCAAGAUGAUGAAAUUUUCAUGAAAUGGAGAUCUACUUGUAUAAUUUGUGGAAAAUGCCACUAUUAAGAAAGACUGUUUCUGAUAGCAGAGCAUAUCAAAAAUGUGUCUUGUUUAGAGUUGGGAUAACAGGUUCAUAAAAUGACCUUGUUGAUGCUGUUUAUGGGUGAAUUGCAUGUAAAACCAUAUGCAUGAGGUUGCAUCCUCCCAUUUUCCCCAGUGAGGAUUGUGAAUCCUCUUCCCAGGGUCUCAGUAGAUAGCAAAGUUGAAAUAUUUUGCUGUGCUUCUAAAAUGUGUUUAGUGGGGUGUUUCUUAAUCCAUGCACACCUGUGCUUUUUUCCAAUCAACAGUGUGCACAUGUUAAGAAUUUUAACAUAACUGUUCCUGCUUUGAAUGGACGAUUACCUAAAAAGAGCAGGAAUAGUUCCAGCUGGUACUUUUCUUUUUUCUGUUGUCUAUAGUCCCGAGCCUGGUGAAUUAUUCAUAGUUAACAGUUGCGAUUUUUGCUCUUUCAGGCAUUUGUCUUCUAGCCUUAAUUGCAAAGAUUGUUCGGGGUAGUUUUUAUGCAAUUUGAAGAGAGGUAAUCAUGUGGAAAUUAUAUCCUAUUCUUAGAUGACCAAAGCAUUAUGUAUUAGGAGUAUAUUUGAUAAUUUUAUUCUUGUUUAGUAUCGUGUGAUGGAAAUAAUGUAAAAAUUGUAAGAGAUGAAAAACAAUUAUGCAACUUGCAUUUCUUCAAGGAUAUGAAUUUACAAUAAAGGUGAGAACAAGCAAAGA